GGGAAAUUGUGACAGAGCCCUCUGAAAAGCGGCCGCCCGCGGCUCCCUGGGCUCUGCGAGGAGGCUGCGCCCAGCGUGGACCGUCCAGCGCGACAUGGAGCCGAAGAAGAUCCGGGAGGGCUACCUGGUGAAGAAGGGAAGCAUGCUUAACACCUGGAAGCCCAUGUGGGUUGUGCUGUUAGAAGACGGCAUUGAGUUCUACAAGAAGAAAAGCGACAGCAGCCCCAAAGGAAUGAUCCCCCUGAAAGGAAGCACUCUGACGAGCCCCUGCCAGGACUUUGGCAAAAGGAUGUUUGUGUUGAAGAUCACUACGGCCAAACAGCAGGACCACUUCUUCCAAGCAGCCUUCCUAGAGGAGAGAGAUGCUUGGGUUCGAGAUACCAAGAAGGCCAUUAAAUGCAUUGAAGGAGGCCAGAAGUUUGCAAGGAAAUCCACAAGAAGGUCCAUUCAUCUGCCAGCAACCAUUGACUUAGGUGCCUUGUAUCUCUCCAUGAAAGACACUGAAAAGGGGAUAAAGGAACUGAACCUGGAAAAGGACAAGAAGGUUUUUAAUCACUGCUUCACAGGGAGCGGCGUUGUUGACUGGCUGGUCUCCAACAAGUCGGUUCGGAACCGCCAGGAAGGCCUCGUGGUCGCCUCUUCGCUCUUCAGUGAAGGGUACCUGCAGCCGGCUGGUGAUAUGUCCAAGAGCGCGGCAGAUGGAGCAUCUGAAAACCCCUUUCUCGACAAUCCUGACGCUUUCUACUACUUUCCGGACAGUGGGUUUUUCUGUGAAGAGAACUCCAGCGAUGACGACGUGAUUAUAAAAGAGGAAUUCAGGGGGGUCAUCAUCAAGCAAGGAUGCUUAUUGAAGCAGGGUCAUAGGAGGAAAAACUGGAAAGUGAGAAAAUUUAUUCUGAGAGAAGACCCAGCCUUCCUGCACUACUACGACCCUGCCGGGGGGGAGGACCCACUGGGAGCAGUUCACCUGAGAGGCUGUGUGGUGACUUCUGUGGAGAGCAGCCCUGAUGGCAAGAAGGGAGAUGAAGAGAACCUUUUUGAGAUCAUCACUGCAGAUGAAGUUCAUUACUUCCUGCAAGCGGCCACUCCCAAGGAGCGCACUGAGUGGAUCAAAGCCAUCCAGAAGGUCUCUCGGACUGGGAAGUGAGGACAGACUGCGUGUCCUCACCUCAUAGACAAGCUCAGUCCACAGCUUGUCUACUCAAUGGGAAGGCACCAAGGGGUGGGAGAUGUUUAACUAAGUGCCUCAUAGUAUUCACCUAGACCACUUCACUGGCCUCAGCCCCCACACGCAUCUGUGUCUGACGCCAUGUCGCAAGCUACUUAGCCUCUCCAGCUCUCGGGGCCUCUUCUGAAGAAAGGAGCCAACUAGGAGACCUCUGAGUUCCCCUAGCUGCAGAAUAGGUAAAUGGACGGUGCCUUGUGAUUCAAUACCAUGGAGGGGAAAGGGCCUCUCGACAUCCUUCCUUGGCAGGUCUCGACCCUCAGCUGUCACAGGAUGUGCCAAGACCGGAGGUGUUUCUUCCCUUUGGGACUGUUGGCAGGUGUGAUGACAAUGCCAGGCUUCAGCUUUCUCUGUGCCCUUUGGUCCCUUUGCACCAGCUCUUGGCAGUGAGAUCCUGAGACACAAUGAAGCAUGCUCUUCUGCCUUCUCUACCCACCCAGGGACUUCCCAAGAGGAGUGGUGACUUUAAAAAAAAAAUUUAUUCAUUUGAAAGAGAGAGAGAGACAGAAUGGGUUCACCAGGGCCUUCAGCAACUGUAAAUGAACUCCAGAUGCUUGUGCAUCUGGCUUACGUGGGUCCUGGAGAAUCAAACCUGGGUCCUUUGGCUUUGCUUGUAAGCACCUUAACCACUAAGCCAUCUCUCCAGCCCAGGAGUGGUGACUUUAAUGGUUAAGCCUUCUAUGACUCUGUAUAGCCUCUGAAGUUAUAUCUCCUGGGGUGGGAGGAUACCUGAGGAAGCCAGGAGAAGUGCGGGGUACUUCCCAGGGGCUGAUGUUGCCCAGAGCAGGUGAAUUCCACUCCAGAUACAUCUCCAUUCAUCCUUUGUUAGUAAACUAGCUGGAGAACGUAGUUGGGGGAGGGAGAGUCUCCUUUUGUUCUUGUCUGGAGUAUCUCUGAGCUGUUUGCUAUGAUGAGAAGUGGAACCCCAAGUCUGUGAACUUCUCUUGAGGCUUACAGGGGAAAUAAAAGCCUCGUGUGAGCUCCCUGAGUGGCGAGGGGCCUGGGCAGCUGCAAGGAAAGCAAGGACUCGGCCAUCCCAGCUCAUCUCCCAGCAGAGAGGAGAGGGCUGGGCAGCAAAGGGCACGUUGAUGCGAUGCUGGCUCUAGAGAUCCACGCAGGCUGGCGGUGGUAGCUGUCCGUCCACACCACGCUACCUUCCAGUCGCUACCUUGCCGUGCUCCAGCCUUAGACACAAGCAGCUCAGACUUGGGUUCCCGAGCCCUUCCCGGCCCCAUCCUAGCCAAAGCGAUCUAACCCACAUCAAAACGGAGACGUGUUCACAAUGUCUCACCCUGACCAGUCAGUGGUCAUUUCUUUCUCAAAUCGAGAAAGGUAACUUCUGUAGAAACAACUAUGCAAUAUGAAGGUCUAUUUUUCUACGUCUAGAUUUUAAGAAAAUAAUUCCUGGUUUUACAGCUCCUCUUUUUCCUCCCUCAAGUCCCUGGCAUCAUUCAUGAGGUUGUUCCAGAUUGUUUUUUCAUCAAUGACCAAGAGAUAGAGCGCUUAUCUUCUCCUUUAAUUCUUUAGCACGUUUUCUGCGUGGGCUGUACACCAUAGUUUUAUGACUCAGCGUUGAAAUGUUUAUUACUAUGAAAUCAACCUUACGUUGUGAAAUAAACAUGACUUAGUUUAAUGCA